AUGUAUCAGCAACAUGAAGAUUACCAGGCUCAAUCACAGGAAAACCCAACCAUUCCGUUGGGUCUUAUCACUAAUACAUCUUCAAAUACAAACUGGACUAAAAUUUUUCAUGAUGCUUUGAGACUGAACGACAAGCUGUCGCAAAAAGUAAAGUUUGAAUUUAUAGCUGUUUCUAAAACAGACUUGAACUCCUUUGGAAAAAUUCUAGAUACGCUGUGCCAUGAGUUACUGCCACGAAAAGUUCAGGCAGUUUUUCUUGCGACCGAAGGUUUAACAGUUUACAAGUUCACGAAAAUGUUGGCGGUUGUUCCCCUGCUAAGUUUGGGUACAAACAGGGAUUCGGCGAUGGAGAAUCAGGAGGUGUAUUAUAACUACAAAUAUCUUCAACCUCCCGUAACUCAACAAUCUAAAGUGAUUCAAGCCACACUAGAUUUUCUGAAAGUUAAAAAAUAUUCUAUCGUGUAUGAAAUGCACACAGAAAACGAGAAGCUAGCUCAGGAGGGUUUUUCACCGGAUACAAAUCAGAAUGGUUAUGUCUUCAUGACACCGCUCGUAUCCAAAGGAAAGUAUGCUGACUUCACUACACUUGUGGUUCAAGUUACAGAAGUAUUAACUAAGAUUAAAAUCCAGGAAAUCAAAGUGAUCGUUUUGACCUGUGGGGAAGAGUUGGUAAGAACUGUUUUUAAGAUUGCGACGAAGUUAGGGAUGGUUUCCGAAGAUUUUCUUUGGAUUGGAACGGAGGCAGUCAUUCAAGCCUUAAACGUUACAAACGAUCGGCAUCAGGACAUGCCGAUUGGCAUUUCAAACUUGAUCGGAGUUAAACUUAACAUGUCGGAAGAAACAAUAGCAUUAAAAGCACUACAGAUUCUUGCUUCUUCAACACAAGUUGACUCCAAUGAAUCAGUGCUGACUGUUCCACUCCCAAACGGGUCAUGUGAUGGCGUGUUUCAUAGGACGUCUUUUAAAAAGUUGAUAAGUCCUUGUAGACCGACGACCCAAAGUUUGACGUUGAAUCAGCAAGUUGUCAGCGAUACUUACGACAUUUUAAAGCUAGAAACUAAUCCUGUGUUGAGGCAAUCUUGGAGGAAAAUUGCAACGUUUCAAAAUAACGGAAGCUUUCAGUUUGAAGAAAACUUUCUUCCAAAAUUCGAUCCCAAACCUGGCGUUGCAUCUAAGAGUCUUCGAAUUGUUGGUAUCGAACACGGUCAGUACCUUUAUAAGGCUGGCAACGUGACAGGCUGCACCGAACAUGGAGAGCAUUGCACGAAAGAAAAAUUACAACACAAUUCACCUCAGCCGACUUGCGAAAUAGGAGUCCCCUGUUACGAACACUCCAACAUCUCGAGCAACAGUUCACAUCAGCCGCGCGUCUUCUGUGUAUCUGGUCUAAUGAUAGACUUACUGGGCUUGAUACAGGACAAACUAAGCUUCUCCUAUGAACUAUACCUCGUACCAGAUGGAAAGUACGGGGCCAUAGAUGAUGUUACAGGUCUGUGGAAUGGUAUGAUAGGUGAAGUGUUGUACGGUAAAGCAGACAUGGCAUUAGGUACUAUCACGAUCAACGCACAGCGCAGUCAGGUAGUGGAUUUCACUACUCCCUACGGCGAAGUUGGAAUUGGGAUGGUAAUUGCCAACGGUGUUUCUUCCAAACCUUUCAUAACUAUGGAGUUUCUCGAACCGUUUGGAACAAGUUUAUGGUUUGCUAUCUUGUUAUCCAUUCUGACAAUUCUUGUUGCCUUGUGGUACCUGGACCGAAAAACAAAUGAGUUUUAUAUUAAUAGCAAUAGUUAUUUUUCGAAAAGAGCAAUCACAGAAAGCUUGAGUGAGAAAGAAAGUAUAACGUUCUUGGAGAGUAUGUCUUACACGUGGAGCACACUUGUGCACGUGCCAGCGGGAAGUGGUUUUCCAAGAAGCUUGAGUGCUCGCCUAGUGUCUAUCUUCUUUGCUUUUGCCAUGAUAAUCCUGAGCAGCACAUAUACCGCAAAUCUAGCCGCUAAUAAGGUAAAAGAUGACGCUGAGCCACCAGUAACAGGAAUAUACGACGAAAAGAUGAUUAACCCUCCCCCCGGUUUCCACUUUGGAACUCUGAAGUCGAGCAGCACUGAAGCCUACUUCAAGUUUAAUCGAGAUCCGCGCAUGCGUAGAAUCUAUGAUAACAUGAAGCAUUACAACGUGGAAAAUGUACAUGACGGGGUGGCAAAAGUUAAAUCUGGGGAAUUUUCAGUUUAUAUCGACGACCACCCUUAUCUGGAGCAUUUGGUCUCUUCGCAACACGACUGCUCCUUGAGAAUUGUGGGAGAGCCUUUUGGUAUCUCUGGAUAUGGACUAGUACUAACGAAAGAUUCCUCUUGGACCCAGGUUUUCUCAAAGAGGAUUCUCCAACUGAGUGACGAAAACGCGUUGUCUGUUCUUUGGAAUAAGUGGCUGGUGCGAAAGUGUUUGACAAAAGAAGACUUUGAGAGAUCACCACACAGAUUGUCUAUGUCUGAUCACAACGGCGUUUUCGUGCUUGUCGCUGCUGGCAUCUUUAUAUCAAUUUUAUUUUUAGGCAUAGAGCGUAAGAUUGCUUUUUAUCAGACAAGAAGGAAAAUCAUCGCAGAAGAAUCGGAAAGAAAUGAAGACUACGAGUUAUCUACCACGACUCCGAGAAAGGAAAGUAAGAUGCAAAGCAGUGUUUUGGACGACGGGUCAUCACGACGCAGUUUUACUCCUUCGACGACGACAUAUUCAAACUCUGUGCUACAGCUUGAACAAUGUGAUAACCAGCAGCAGCAAGAAACAAAUAGGUUUAAGUUUAAUUCAGUUUGUUAGCCGAUAAAAAACUAGACGAGUAAAAUAUAGGAAUGUCAGCCACUUUCGUUAAAACAAUUACUGUAGAACCUUGGAUAGCAGCCACUUGAACCUGCAGCGGCCAUGUUGUGUUGUCCUGGCAGACGCUCUCCACUUAAGCUCUUAUCUUAACCUGUUAACAACAGUCACCCCCUCUAAACCACAACGUGCUACAAUGUCCUUCUUAGUGACCAAACUGACCGAGCUCUCCAACGACCAAUUGAUCACCGACUGACAAACAAUGCAAAAAUACGUGACAAUGCAACUCCCUGUAACAUGCAAACGACGACAGGUUUAUUUUGUUAACGAGAAAAUGCUACUUAACGCAAACUUUUUACUAA